CGCGACUUGUGGACUCUGUGUCCCAUGGAGCGCUGCGGGGGGCCCGGCGCCCGGCCCGCGGCCCCGGCAGCUGGCGGCAGGGCGGCUAGUUCAAGUUGCCAUAGCGGCGAGGUUGUUCAUAAGAACAAAGAGGAAUGCUUAACCAUAAAUAGCUUCAAGACACUGAUGGCAGAGUCAUCCAGUGAUUCAGACAACUUAUUUACAGGUCGGGUUGGAAGGCGGCCUUUGAGAGCAUCCCACAGCAGAGGUCAGAACUAUGGUGCUGAAGAAGUUACAGAGAAGAUCCAUACUUUAGCAAGCACUUUGCAGGAUACCAACAGAAAUCUAAGACACGUUGACCAUUUGCUAGGACAAUACAGAGAAUACAACAAGGAACAAACCAAAGCAAUAACAACUUUAAAAGAAACACUGGAACAAUCUAUAGGUCAAUUGAGGAGCCAGCGACUAGCACGAAACUCUGGAAUGAGAAGUGCAUCUCUCUCAAGCUUAUAUCCCAGUGACCUGGAUGGAGAAGGAACAUCAGGCAACCGCCACUUCCUGCCCACUUCUCCUCUCAGGGAUUACGGAGACUCACAGGGCAAUAAACACCGAAGGUCUAGAUCUGCAAGCGUUCGGUUUGUCAGUGAGGCAGAUAAUGUGGAGCAGCUGCAUUCUUUCCACCAGUCUCUUCGAGAUCUCAGCAGUGAACAAGUUCGCCUGGGAGAUGACAUCAGUCGCGAGCUUUCAAGAAGAAAUCGGACUGAUGCUGAAUUAAGAAAGACUCUAGAAGAAUUGUCUGAAAAGCUCACUGAGUCCCAAAGACAAGAAACGGUAUCAGAACGAGUAGAGAGGAGACUUCAGGAGAUAGAAGAAGAGAUGCGUGCUGAAAGACAGCUCGUAGAAAGGCGCCAGGACCAGCUGGGCCAUGUGUCCCUUCAAUUACAGGAGGUUUUAAGGAAGCAAGAUGUUAAAGCAGAUGAAGCAGAAGAGCUCAUGAGAAAUAAACUUGUGAAAUAUGAAAGCGAAAAGUACCAGCUUGAGCAGGAAUUGGAGCAGUCCCGGAAAAAGUUGAGUGAAUCUGAAGGCAGUAGAGAAGCUCUUUUGCAUCAGAUUGAGGAUCUUCGUUCUGAGCUUUUGAGAGCAGAAGAAGACCGUGCAGAAUUGCAACAUCAAAUCUCAUAUGCUGCUAUGCACCAUCGCCAGAGCUAUCAGGAUGCACAAGAUGAUGACAGGAGAAUUAGAGCAGUAGCUGAAAGAUAUGAGAGAGAGAAGCAAGAUCUAGAGAAACAUAUUUUGGAACUUAAAGCAAAGCUGAGUCAUAAUGCUGUAAUGUCAGAGGUAGAAGAACUGAAGAGAUGUAUAGAGCGCAAGGACAAGGAGAAAGCACAGCUUGUAAUGCACAUACAGGUUUUAACAUCUGACCUGGAAAACAGGGAGAAGCAGCAGGAAAAAAUGCUGGACCAGCUAAAGGAGAUACAGAAUUGCUACAAGGCUUGUGAGAGUGGACGUAGACAAACGGAACUCCAGUCUGCUGAGUUAGUUCAACAGGUUGAAGAGAGUACCAAGGAAGCAGAACGGUAUCUCAGUGAAUUCAAGCACUCAGAGGCACUCAGGCUGGAGAUCGAGAAAAAAAAAGAAGAUUUGAAGGUGAGAGCCCAGGAAACCAUCCGCCAAUGGAAAUUGAAGUGUAAGAAACUGGAUCGUGAGGUAGAAAAGCAAAAUCAAACUAUAAGUGAACUGAUGGACAAGAAUAGUCAGGCCCUUAAAGAAAAAGAUGAUCUCAAAAGUCAGCUUCUCUCAGCUAUAAACCAAAUAGAAAACCUGCGGAAGGAGCUGAAUGAUGUGCUUACAAAGAGAGCCCAGCAGGAAGAACUCCUCCACUGUAAAGAGGUAAAACUGAAUGAAAUGGAGUCACACCAGGUAGCUCUUGAAGAAGAGAUCAAAGAAGUUCAAGGUACUGUAAAAAAAUUGGACAAUGAGUUGAAAAAGCAAGUCUUUCUACAAAAUCAAAUGCAAGCUGAGAAGGAACACUUGAAGACAGAACUUGCAGCUAUUAACUUGUUUCAUAAAAAAGACCAAGAACGACUCCUAGAAAUGCAAGCAGAUGUAAAACAUUUAAGCGCCGUACGUGUGGAACUGACAAACAGAAUUGCAGAAGAGGAGAAAGCCAAAAAGGAAUUACUUAAGAGCCUCUCAGACCUCCAGAAACAGCAGGAAUCUAGUCAUGAAGAGAUGAUUUCAGCUAACAGGCAGCUGAAGAUGGAAAGAGAAAUUCACCAACAGGAGUUGGCAGAUCUUAGAUCAGAGUUACAAAAUGUGAAAAUCAAACAUGAACAAAAUGUUCAAGAACUCACGAAACUCCUUAAACAAGAAAAAGAUGAUGCAGAGGCUCAGAUUAGAAUGCUAAAGAUGGAACUUUUAGAAGAGAAAAACAUAGUCAAGGCUCAGUGUCGACAACUGGAAAAAAUAAAAGUUGAGUGUGAUAAAUUGACACAAGAAUUAACCCAAAAUAAGGAAGAAAAUAUAAAACUGAAACGGAAAUGUGAUUUUGUAAAACAAGAACUGGAGAAAAAGGAAAAACAGAUCAGCAAUGAAGAAGAUCAUUUGAGAAAGAUGAGUGAGGCCAGACUGCAGUUUAAAGAUCAGUUGCGUCAAUUAGAAAUGGAACAGCAAUCCAUUCUCUCCAUGAUAGGAAGUGAAAUUGAUGCUGCUUGUGAAAUCUUUUCUCGGGACUCCAUGGAGAAAUUCAAAGCAAUAUCCCUUACACCAACAGUACUGAACGAUCCUCAUCGCUGGUUAGCAGAAACAAAGACUAAGCUUCAGUGGCUGUGUGAGGAGGUAAAGGAAAGAGAAAGUAAGGAAAAAAAGCUGCGAUGCUACUUGCUGCAGAGCCGAGAACAGCUCAAGCACUUUACACAGAUAAAGGAGACUGAACAUCAGUCUCUCUUUAAACAGAUAAAAAGCCAGGAAAAACUUUUGGAAGAAGUUCACAGAGAAAAAAGAGAGCUACUAGAGAAGACACACAGAAGAGAAGAAGAAGUGGGAGCUCUCCAGGAACGUAUUAUGGCCUUAGAAAUGAGUACCCGAGUGGCUUUAAACCACCUGGAGUCUGUGCCUGAGAAACUGAGCCUGUUAGAAGAUUGCAGAGAUACUGGAGAGUCCCACUGCCGAAGAGAGAUGAUUGAGGAGAGGUAUAUGAGGUAUAAAGACUUAGUAACUUCUUUGCAGCAGCAGCUGGAAGAUUCAAAGCAAAGAGUUGGGCAAGUCAAGGAUGUGAAAAUGGAUGCUGAAAUUUCUGAUGUAGAAGUGGCUGCUCAUUCUAGCUGGCGAACUCAAAACAGCUUUUUGUGCAGCUCACCGCUUUCCAGUUCAGGUUCACUUAUGAAAGGGAUGGUUCCUUUGGAUACAAGUGGCAUCAAGGAAGAUUCUGCUAAAGUUGCUCUUAGUGAUAUGAAGCUGCAAGCAGAAGGAGGAAAGCAGUAGAAUAUUUUACGAAACCACACCAGUUUUCUCUGUGCCCUUGUCACCCCACAGAUGUAAUUGAUACUGAAGUUCAUGUGAGCUGCAGGUCAAUAUCUGACAACUCAGCCUUGUCAAAAAUGGAUGUGCAGGAGGACAUCACGCAAAGUCCUGUGAUUUUGAUGUAAUUGUAGAAUUUAGAAGCAGUUGUAGAGGAAAACUAACAGUAGAAGGGAUGGAAAGCAAUUCAUGAUUAAAUUAAAGUUUCAGAAUACUUAUAUUCUUGUUGCCUUAGCUUAAAAAGUACCUUAUAGCUAGUAUUUACAUCUGAAUGAAAGUGAUCCCUAAAUCAAAUUCCAUCUUGGAUAAUUUUUUUUUUCAUGCUAGAGUACUUUCUACUCUAGCACAACUCAACUCUUUACUGUAAGCAUGUCUGGGCUGCUGUGAAUAUGAACUUACUUACUUUUCUAUGUAAAUAACUAAAUUAGAUUUUAAAUCUGAACAAUAUUUUAGAGCUCUGUACAAGAGUACAACAUGGCAGAAGCCAAUAACCAAGUCAUUCAAAAAUCUGCAAUGCUUCUGGAAAUGUUUACAGCAAAAAUGAAGGACAUUGCUGUUUUUAAAAUCCAGCAAUAUCCAACUUUUAUCAUUUGUGCUAGCAACAAGAGCUCUCCUGUUUCUAAAGCUAAAGUUGCACUUCUGUCAUUUUUCUGGCUGAAAUAGGGAGAUUUUUUUUUUCUUUUCUUCUAAUAAUGACAAAAUCUGUAGUGUGAGAAUAUGAUGUUUUUAAAUUUCUAGUCUUUUUAUUUGAGAAUCUACCAGGUGCUAUUUGCAGCUAAAUAUUUUUGGUACACAGUUGUUAACAUGUUUUUUUUAAAUUUUUACAUUUGAAAACACGAACUUCACAGAGAUAUCUCUAAGGAUAAUUUUGCUGUCUGUUUUUAGGGACAUGGCUCCUUGAUAGGUGUUUUGUGUGAGUAAGUAUAACAGUUGUUCUUGAGUAGUCUGUUAUUUUCAUCUCUCUUCACACCAGAAUUGUUUUGAUGUUAGACUGCAUUUCUCAUCUGCCAUCUACAGAACACUACUGUGUCAGAAGACAUAUCAUCAUUUCUUCACCUACCCACUGUCAAUAAUUUUGGUAGUUUAUGUUUCCAAGGAAUUACAUUAGUGUUGAUGGCAGUUUUUUCUUGCAAGCUCUUUUCAUAUGGACUCUGACACUCUUACUUUAAGUUUACUAAAAUAAAAGCUACAUAGUAAAUGGACUAACAUCAGGUCACAUGCUGUCUAAUUUUAAAGGUUAUUCCACAGGCCAAAGUAAAUAUCUCUUACUACAUUCAUCUAGAUUUUCUGGUUGCCAGCACUGAUUUUACUAUUGGUUUGUAGAAGGAAAUGGUAAAGGAUAGACUUUGAGGCAAUAACACUGAAAUAAUAUUGAUUCGAGGCAAAAAAUGAGACUACAACAAAUUCAGGAUAUCUGUCUAAGUGCUUAGUCUAGAACCUAAAAUAUUCAUAUUAAAAAGUGUAUUUCUUCAGUGUGAUAGUAUCAAAUCAUCUUCCUUAUAAACAGUUGUUGACACCUAAAGUAUUUUUGAAAAAUAUUUUACUACUGAAAUUUGCUAAAUGUGAUCAAAAGGAUUUCUGUGUCGCUCACACAGAAACAAGCAUUGAACUGGGAAACAGCCCAAUUUAUGUUUCUGGCAUGAGGCUCUUGACAGAAACCAGGAGUGACACAGUUUUUUACUUAGUGUGGAAAAUGAUGAAGAUGAACUGUGUUUUGCGGUGGCCAAGAGAACAGUUUGCAUCUCUGGCUGUUUGGUGUAGGGAGCUCACAUGCAGCUUUUUUGAGGCUUUCACGGGUGCAGCACUGACAGCACCAUUUCACUCAAACAGCUGCAACCAUGAAGACAUCAUGGAGCUGGCAGAACUUUUGUUACAUGUUUUGACUAACAGAAUGUCAACAAGUCUAUCAGAAACCUUGGAGUUGUUUGUUUUGUCUUCACUGGGGCAGUCUCCAGUGCAGUGGUAAAGCUGGAAGAUGCAGAAACCUUUGUUUAGUGUGAGCUACAUCAACAGGGAGGCUCACUAGCCAUGGAAUGUGAAUCUGUUAGUAUGUUGUCCAUUGAUCAAUUAGAGGUCUACAAAUUAAGGAAAAACUAAUCUAAAAAGUUUUUAAAAGUGAGACAAAUUAUUCUUAUAUGGUAGUCAAAAAAUCUCUGCAAAUAUGAAAAAAUGAAGUACCAAAGUCAAGAAACACUUAUUUUUUCCAGAAUGUGAGUAAUUGCUUAAAUUUCAGUAGAGUGACAGACUAAAAUAAAGCUCCUGAAUAUGUUAAUGAACAGACAUCAACCCACUUCUUAUCCUCUCCUAACAUGGGAGACUUGCUCACUUUGAUUUAGACUUAACUAAGUUCCAUACUUAGGGUAAGUCUGUUACGUGUGCUAUGCACUGAGUAGCAAAGUUUAAAUAAUUCCACUGGAGGCAGCUGAUGUGUUACAGAAGGAAUACUGGCUCUUGCAGUGUAUUUUAACAAAUAGCUCAAGUGUUCAAAUUUCUGCUGUGGUAUUGCAUUACCAGAAGAAAGCAACAAAUAGAAAAAUACUUGAAUUGUAGGUGAGGGUGUCAAUACAGUAACAGUGUAUUACUGAGGUUUUGGAGGUGUAUCACUUUUAAGGUUGACAUUUCUAUAUGUUCUUAUUAGCAAAUGCUGAUAUUAUAUUUUUAUUUUCUUUUCCCUUGGGGCAUAUGAGAAGAAAAUAUGUUAUUUGGUUUUGAUUUCUGGAAUGUCUUUUGCCAUUUCAUGCUGCCAGUUUCUGUUUAAUUUGGGUUUUAACCACAGCAAAAAAAACCUAACCAUCUAAUUCUGAUACUUCAUUACAAGCACUCCUAAUUAAGUUAGUUGAUACAUGAGUCACUUUCCUCCAGAUCUUUUAUUUUAAUUUCAUUUGAAUGAAAUACAGUGUUUUUUUUGCAGUUAGUGUUUUAAAACUGGAGCACAAUUAUUCUUGUGAACUAGCAUUUUGGUUGGGAUAUUCCAAAACUAAGAUUGCCAAGGCAAUUCAUACAUGUGACACUGAAUAUAUUACAUCAUAUUUCCCAGUCAACUAUUGUCCCUGCAGUAUAGAAUAAAGUAGCAGCAAAGAAUCUGCAGAAUUUCAACAAAUAAUAUGGACAUGGAAUGUUUCUGUGCUGGUAUGAAGUCAGAAAGGUCUGUUGAAUACUUCUAAAACUUAUUGUAUUGGUUAAUGUGAUAGAAAUAGGCAUAGUGGAAUGAAAUUCCUCAACAUUGAAUUAUUUCCUGAGAUAAAGUCCUUGAGGGACUUUAUCUCAGGAAAGCAAGGAGUCCAGCUCUUCGUACGUGUUGAGGUUCACCUUAGUGUAGUAACCAGAACUAUUGCAGUUUCCUUCAGACUUGAUUUCUGAAAUGUAAAGGUGUGUUCAGACUUCUCAUAGCUGUGUAGGCAUGAGGUAUAUCCUGUCCACAUAAUUAUGUCUCUUUCUUAUAGACAUUGACAUAUAGAAAUGUGUUCAUGCAGUGUAAAAUUUUAUUGCUCAAAAAGAAAGAUUACCUUUUCUGCUUGGAAAUCCUGACUGCAGUAAAGCUAGCAGAGGCCUUGUCUGUAGUAUCAGUGGAGUUACGAUUUUGUACAGAGUUUUAGAAAACGGGAGAGAAAUAUUUUCUUUGUCUAUUUUUUCAUUGCAUUCUGAAGGUCUGCAAUAUAUGUUGGUUUGAUGAACAACAAAUGCUUGCCGAAAAAUACAUGAUCUUAUAAGAAUCAUAUGGUAACAAACUGCAAAACACUUGGAAUGAUUUGACACUAUCUCAUUUUUAUAUUUUAAUUUUUUCAGAAUCUAAGAAAUGAGAUUUUGAGUUCAUUUAGGUUCCUGUAUUUUUUUCAAGAAGACUAAAUCAAAGUUAGUUAUAUAAUGAAAACCAUAGUACUUCUGAAUAAUAUCAAUCCAAGCUUAUGAAAUUUGAAAAAUUCUGAAGCAGCUCUUUGUUCCACCUUUAUGUGGUCUACUACAUCUUUUUCAAAGUAAUUAAGCCAUCUCCAAGGAGAGAUGGUUCAUAUGUUAAUAUGAAUUGUAUUUCACACUCGUGACUAAAUGUUUUGUUUCAUGUCAGUUUUUCCACUAGUAAAUCAAUGAGUACCCAAAAUGGGGAUUUUUAUGUGUGUAGGGAGAAGCUAAUUAUGUCUUACAUCUAAAUUCCAGUACUGUUGGUAUUCUUUCUUAACAAAAGACUCACAAAAUAAAACCAAUUUUGGCUUUUUUGUCGUAUGAUAUUUUAGUUCCAGGAUAACUUCACGAGGUAUUUGCAGUCCACUUUUUCCAUUAUCUGCCAUCUUUGAGGAGGAAAAAAGUUCAACUUUACUAUCUUGAGAAGUAUGUAAUGAAUAAAAAAAAAUAUAUCUAGAAUCUUAGAAUCAUUUAGGUUGGAAAGGACCCUUUAGAUCAAGUUCAGCCGAACUACUGCUUGACUGUUACUUCCUGUAAAUCACAUGGAUACACAUAAAAGUAAGUCUGCAGGUUGCAUUUUCAGAACACCUCGUGCAGGUUUAGGAACAGUGCAUUGUAGAAGUAUAGAAGGAAGAACUGUUACCAUGUUGGUUUAAUGCACAUGUCCUUACCAACCUGUGAAAUUGGAGAUCCUUGGUUGCACGCGAGCUGUGACUCAUGUCACACCAGAACACCAAUUUUAUUGUUGAGUUGCUGCUCUGACUUCAGAAUGCCUGAGCCUGAUUUAUACCAAUAUGAAGCCAGAAUGAAAUCUCAUGCGUAAAGCCUAAGUACCAAUCAAAGUACUAAGUGCUGAGAUCUUCUCGAGUGAUUGCAGUAUGAAGUAUAUGAAAGCUGUCUUUUGUGCUCUGAGUAUGUUGCUGCAAGCUGAAAGCUUGGCACAGUCUGCAGGUAUGUUUAAGUUUGGUUAAGGCUCUACUAGGAAAGUUCAUAUGUUAAUUUAACACCAACAUUUGUACCUACUUUCUGCAAUUAGACUGUAAAAUGUUAGCCAAUGUGGCAGUAACAAAAAUAUCAAACUACAUUGCGCUUUUGCUGACUUGGGACUUACUCCAAGCAGUUCCUGAAGGCAGGGUUGCAAGUCUUCAUUGCAUCUCAGGAGACAGUUGGUACCUUUGCAGGAUCAAAGUUGCUAGCUGUACUUGUAAUUUUUAAAGUGUAACAUAAAAACUUGUCAUUUUUGUAAGCUAACAUAAUAAAUUAUUUUUCCAAGCAAUGCCUAGCAUCUGUAUUCAUUUACCUAACAUUGCCAAACUUAUGUAAAGGCCUGUUUUAUGUAAUUGAUCUUUUUUAGUCUUGUGAAAUAUAGAUGUGUGAUAUGGAA